AUGUCCUUCUCAAGAAACCGUCGGCACCGUCGCCCCAUCAUUAUUGAACCUAUCCAAACAGGUCAUGCAAAUCUCUUGGAUAGACCACACAGGUUCUCAAGACGGAGACUUAGCCCCCUGUCGGGAGCCAUCUCAGCAGAUGUUCAUUCUCUCAACUCAGUCGUGCCUGGUUUUGGUAACAUGAGGAGGGAGAUGCGAUUCGCGGAGAGACAGGCACUGAGAAAGAUCCGUAUACCGGACGCCACAUCCGCUGUGGUACCAUUCACAAAUCCAGGGGUUGAGCCUGCUUAUUAUGGAUCAUGCGUGCGACGUUCGAUUAUCGUCGAGUCACCUUCUGCAAGAGGUCAUCACAUGCCUGGUGGAAGAGGUGGUAUCCCUUUACCAUGCUCCCCCGGUACUCUUCGAAUGUCGCUUUCUGUCACUCUCUCGGCCAAUGUCACACCAACAUCUCCCUCUUCUGAAUCUGACAUUCGACGGAUGCAGCUUGCGGAUAUUCAGCGAUCACGCCUAGAACUUUGGGAACAAGGACCCAAGAGAUUCGGCCGUCUCGAAGACGCAGACGUGUUUGUCAGGCCACUGCCACUCAAAACAAGUCAUGAAGACGUCAGAUCGCUGUCAGAAGAUCCAGGCACACCAUCUACUACGUCUUCAUCCUCCCCUUUGCCAUCUCCCGCCUUGCUGUCUCCAACUUCGACAUCAUCGAGGCGGCUGUCUGUCCGGGCAAUUAUCCACUCAAAAUCACACUCACCCAUUGGACUGAAGCGCGAGUUUGAUCUAGAUGCAUUGAGAGCAACGAUACCAGAUCCUCUGCCAUCUCCUCGGUCACCAAACUUCAAUGCCGAGGCACUGUUAUCCAAUUUGGAGCCAUUGAACAGAAAACGACGGGCGUCUUAUCCACCGGAUGCCGCCUCCAUCGAUGCAAGUGGUGUUGAAGAAGAAGAUGAAGACGGAGAAGAAGGGCGUGAUGGCGAUGUAAGAAACACUGCGAAAACCGUCACGUCUCCUCGACCCAGCAAGCGGCGGCGAUUCUCAGCUCAAUCUAUUGCUGUGCCCAUAAAUGUCCAAUACGCGCGAGCACAGUUACCAGCGUUGGCUGCCGUCAUCAUGUCGGAUCGAGUACUUCGAGGAGAUACGAUAGAAUUGGCAUUGCCUCAUCCUCAGGUGUGGCCCGAGACGGUAGCAUACGUCUACACGGGAGAGUCACAACUUAUUACAGAACAGAUCAAGGAGAAUAUCCUGUAUCUGGGUGGAAAGAUUUAA